AUCCACCUGUCAACCAGGCAGACAAAUUGUAUUUUUUAUCAGAAAAACAUUCCAAAGAAUAUUCUUAUCACACGUAAACUGUAACAAUUUUAAUUAUUUUUUAAUUAAACUAAAAGUGAUUCGAGAACGUUGUGUCAGUCAAUUAUACAAAGCGGAAAUGUCGAAUUCUUACUUGGCGACAUGCAUUAAUUUUCCCAUUGAACGGGAUGUGCUACUAGACAUUGUGGAAAAGGCCAAAGAUUGGGCACUAAUGCACGGUGUUGGUCUACGAUCGAAAGCCAAUUUCAAUCCUGAUGUUAUGCAGAUUGCUCCAUUUACCUUGAUACCAACCGCCUUUCCACGUCAAGAGUUUGAAAAAGCUGUACGACUGCAAACGAUACUGAAUGAGUUAAUGCACUGGGUAGCCCACGAUUCCGAUUUCCUGUGCGAAACACUGUCAUCGACGAUCAAAGGAGACGAAUUCACUGCCAAUUUGUUUCAAAUUUACGAAACGAUAUUGGCCGAAAAUGAUCAACAGCCUUUAUCAUUGGGACUGCUCAGAUCGGACCUAAUGCUUGAGAGCAUUUGUGCCGAGGACUGCUCUUGUCCACGAUCAUAUUGCUGUUGGAAACAGGUCGAAAUUAAUACAAUUGCCAGUGGUUUCGGGCAUCUGGGUCCCAUAAGCAAAGAAAUUCAAAGCUACAUUCUCCAAGAAUUGGGUUAUGCUGACAAAUUAGUCAAUUUGCCACCAAACAAUGCCUUAGCUGGACUAUGUGAUGCCAUGGUCGAAGCAUGGAAUUUACAAGCGAAUCGGGAAGCAGUUAUUUUGUUCAUUGUUGAAGAUGUUACGUACAACAUUUGCGAUCAACGAUUCCACGAGUUUUACAUUCGACGAGAAUAUCCACAUGUUAAGGUCAUACGGAAGACGCUGACUGAAAUUCACAAAUUCGGAAAAUUAGGACCGAAAAAGGAGCUGAUUGUGAAUGAUGUCGUAGCAUCGGUAGUCUACUUUCGUGCUGCUUAUGAUCCGCAACAUUUUCCAUCCAAAAAUGAAUGGGACGCACGGCUCUUGAUUGAAAAAUCGUAUGCUAUCAAAUGUCCGUCGAUCCAGUACCAGUUGGCUGGCACAAAGAAAGUGCAACAAGCGCUGGCCAAACCAGGAAUUUUAGGCCGAUUCAUUAAAGAUGCCACUCAGAUCAAAGCUAUAUCGGACAUUUUCACGGGCAUUUAUUCGCUGGACGAUAAUGAGGAAGGUCGGAAGGGUUUGGAGAUGGCUUUGAAGGAUCCGGAAAGAUACGUUCUGAAACCUCAACGAGAAGGAGGUGGCAAUAACACUUAUGGAAUGGAAAUUGUGGACGCAUUGAAAAAUAUGUCAGCGUUAGAGCGUAGCGGUUACAUUUUAAUGGAACGUAUCUUUCCACCAAUAUCAAAAGGUUACGUGGUUCGUCCUGGUGGCCCAUCACCGCCUGAACUGUUAGAUCUAAUAUCAGAAUUGGGAAUCUUUGGAGCAAUUAUCGGUGACAAAAGUAAAAUUCUUUACAAUAAACAAUGCGGUCACAUGUUGCGCACGAAAUUGUCAUCGGUGAAUGAGGGUGGUGUUGCGGCCGGUUUAGGCGCUCUUGAUAGUCCGUACUUAAUUGAUGAUUAGGUGUCCCGAUGGAUCAAUGUUAUUCGAUUGUAGUAUUUUGUUACACACGACGAACUAAAAAUUAUUAUUUUUUAUGAAAGUUCUUGUAAAUUCUUAAUGGAAAUAAAAUGAAACUAAUUUGGA